CUCCGGCCGCCACCGAGCCGCCCGCUACGACACCACCAAUGCCAACUCCGUGUCCUCCGCCCUCAGCUGGAACAUCUUCGUCCAGAUGAGAAACAAAACCGCUCUGCCCAUCAUCCUCAAGGGCAUCACCACCGUCGAAGAUGCCCUCCACGUAGUCGAUGAGGGUGCCAAGGUCAUCUGCAUCUCUAGCCACGGCGGCCGUCAGCUCGAUCACACUCCUAGGUCCCUCGAGAUCACUUAGGAGAUCUACCGCAACGUCUCCGAGGUCUUCCGAAAUUUUGACGUCGUGGCCGACAGCGGCGUC